AUGGCGGUGAAACCCGAUAGUUCGGUCAGCCCGGAUGAGCCCCUCAAGCAUGAGAAGUCCAGUGAUGACCACCCCGAUGAUGAGGGCUCCGAUGACGAGGGCUCCGAUGACGAGGGCUCAGAGUACGAGAGCUCCGAUGACGAGAGAGAACUUGUCAUACUUGAGCUUCCCAAGGUGAAUGGUGCCGACUAUGCAGAUGAGGAGAUCGAGGCCGAACUCACUCGGGUCUGGCAUUGGAAAUCUGCGAACUAUGCCAUCCGCCGUCCACGAAUGUUCAUUCCAGUCCCGAAACCCGAGAUCAUAUCGGAUUUGGAUUACACGAUGCUGUACCACAACUAUGUGGAAAGUGAGGGCAACACGUUUUCCUUCCUGAGACGCCUGCUGCCGGAACUGUGCCAGCCAUUCUUCAAGGCAUAUGGAGACUGGACAGGCGAUGACCUCGAGAGUCAUCUCCUGCGCGCCGAAGUCCACUUGCAGUUGGUGACCACCAAGGACGGACUGCCCAGGCUCAUCAACCUCACUCUGCCGGGCCAUCUUCCCGCCUUGAUGGUUCGUCAGGGUCCGGGAUAUGACAACACCCCCUGGCUGGACCUAGACAUCCCAGCCGGCUUUCCCCGCUACGAACUCGCGGCAGCCAGAUUUCUGGAAACGAUGGCCCCGAAUUGGGUAUACAAGGUUGAGAUCAACGGCACGCCGCUCAUCUACAAGAGAAGGGAAAUGGCGGAAGAAUUGGAGGGGUGUUCCCUCCGCGCACCCAAGCUGGCUGCCUUCAUAGGGUUGGAGAGCCAGUGUCCGGGAAUUUUGGUAUCGUUCAUCCCCCACGAGACCACACUGUGGGAUGUUCGGGACAACAUGCAGACGACGGAUCUUGCUGUGCGCCACAAGUGGUUUGACCAGAUUCAUGAAACUGUCAUGGCGCUACACCAGAGGGGUAUGACCUGGGGAGAUGUCAAGCCAGACAACGUUCUGAUUGACAGCAACCAGGACGCUUGGAUUAUAGAUCUAGAGGGAGGCUUUACGAAGGGCUACGUGCCCCUAGAGCUGAAGGGAACAGUAGCAGGUGAUCUUGUGGGGUUGAAGGCGAUCCGCGAAUUCCUGUGUUUACCGGACUGA